GGUUUCAGUACAAGAAACACAGGAAGAAGAAACGAACAGCGAAACGCGUGCAAAUCAAGUUUUGUUGGGAGCUUCAGGAUUUGUUCUUUCAAUUAUUUUUAUUUUAUGGGGAAUGAUUGUGCUGGUUCGAUUCUGGGUUUUCACUAAAAUUUUCUACAGCCUCUUCAUUGCUUCGAUACUUGUCGUUGGAGUCAUUUUUAAUGUGUUUUCAAUAGUUAAUCUCUCAUUUUCUGAUGACUGCAGCACCGACAUCAUCAAACCUUUUGUAUUCCUGCCAGCUGUGUCAAUAUCAUGGAAUAUAAUUGGAAUUCUCAUGCCAUUAUUUUCUGAUAAUUUCUUCAAACAAUUUGGUGAUGUUCCAGUUGUAAUGUACCCUGACGGGUUUUAUUCUGGGGAGACCUUCAAUGAUAGUACUGCUAAAAUGCAUCCAUGGGUUUCUUUAUACAAAAGCCCAGGAAGUUCACUUUUCGACCACGAAUACCUCAUCCUUGCAGUUUUGUUCAUUAUUUUAAUUAUUCAGAUAAUCUUCUGGGCCUUUGCUUUCUUUUUUUAUAAGGAUGUCAAAAAGCAGGAGGAAAGAGUGGAAGCACGCAAAGAAAUCAAAGCCUUGUAG